AUGGUUCCUUACCUUAUCGUCUUAUCCUUCUACGUGACUUCCUUCCUCCUUGCUACCGUCCUAUCUACACCCAUGUGCAGUGAACUUGUCGUUCCUGUCCAGAUUACAGCCAACAACGCGGUACAGUCUCUCCGAAAUUCUCGUGCUUCAAAGAUUCUCGAUCCUGAUCUUGAUACCACUGGACUCUUGGCACUCCUCUCAAGCGGCAUCAAUCUACCUUUCACUUCCCUCAUCGAAGGCAGCUACGAUAUUGCUGGUCGGUACUGUGAGCCGGAAGUCGAUGUUCCGUCGCGGAGAAACACUUUACAGCUACUGGCUCAUCCUGCUACCUAUGAUCGAAACUAUUGGUCUGGCGGUGGCUCUCCAGGUUUCGGCUUCGAUGGCGAUAUGUAUAGCUGGGUUUCCUAUGCUUCACUCCAGGGCUAUCCCACGUUCGCUUUCGACCGGCUUGGGAACGGCAAUUCCAGUCACCCAAAUGGUAUUACAGUUGUUCAAUGCCCAGCUCAAGCAGCGACUGUCCAUGAGAUGAUACUACUAGCUCGGAAUGGGGCCUUGCCAUUUCCUCGAAAUUUUGAUAAGAUUAUCUUCGUUGGAGAGAGCUUGGGUUCACUUGUCGGCAAUUACCUUAACGUCAAUUAUCCACAAGAUGCAGACGCAACAAUUCUCGCUGGUUUUGCCAAAGACUGGGUGACCGUUAUUCCUGGUUUCACUUUCACGGCAGGCUUACUGCCAGCUUUGGGUGUCCAGCCAUCCAGGUAUGGAAACCUUGAUCCUUCAUACCUCGAAGCCUCAAUUCAGUCGGGUGUGGAGUUCCUGCUCUUCUAUGGUCCAAACACUUACUACGACCGUACCUUUAUCCUGCAGGACUAUGCAAACAGAGGUAUCAUCACCCUUGGGGAAGCUGCCUCAGGUGCUUUAGUACCAACGGCACUGAGCUACAAAGGGCCCGUCCUAGUCAUCGAUGGGGAACAAGAUACUGUUUUCUGUGGUUUCCUUGCCCUCGAAUUUCUUGGUCCUGGGAAUUGCGGAAGUGGUCCGACCAGCAAGCCUGCUUUGACAAACAUUAUAUAUCCUUCCGCCAGUAACUACACUUCGUAUAUCGUUCCCAAUUCUGGUCAUUGUUGGGCGCAUCAGACAAAUGCGCAGAUGGGGUUCAAAUAUUCUCAUGACUGGCUAUCAGGCCUUGGAUUCUAG